AUGUCGAACGGCGUCCCGAAUGGAGAAAGCACAAAUGGGUCACCUCAGCGGUAUCUGAGCACCAGGGGAGACGAUUACGAUUUGUCGUUUGAAGAUGUAGUCUUGAAGGGUCUGGCAUCUGACGGAGGACUCUAUAUUCCCGAAGCGAUACCUGACGCCAGUAAUUGGCAAAGUUGGAAGGACCUGUCGUUUCCCGAUCUUGCCCUCGAGGUGCUUUCGCUCUACAUUUCGCCGUCCGAGAUCCCACGCGACGACCUGAAGGGUAUCAUCGACCGCAGCUAUUCGACUUUCCGCGCCCCUGAAACCACCCCAUUGAAGCAUUUGCACGACCAACUGUACCUGCUUGAACUCUUCCACGGCCCGACCUUUGCCUUCAAGGAUGUGGCCCUCCAAUUCUUGGGCAACUUAUUUGAGUACUUUUUGGUGAGGAGGAAUGUUGGCAAGACGGGGCGAGAUAGGCAUCAUCUCACAGUCGUUGGGGCUACCAGUGGCGACACAGGAUCAGCAGCCAUCUACGGCCUGCGGGGCAAGAAGGAUGUCUCUGUCUUCAUUACACACCCAAAGGGCCGAGUCAGUCCCAUUCAAGAAGCACAAAUGACUACAGUUUUGGACAAGAACGUCCACAACUUGGCAGUUACGGGUACUUUUGAUGACUGCCAGGAUAUCGUCAAGGCCCUGUUCGCGGAUCCCGACAUCAACUCGACGCUCAAGCUCGGCGCGGUUAACUCUAUCAACUGGGCUAGGAUUCUUGCUCAGAUUGUCUACUACUUCCACUCUUACUUCUCUCUCAGCAAAGCAUCUUCAGACUUCAAGCUGGGCGACAAAGUCCGUUUCGUGGUCCCGACCGGAAACUUUGGCGAUGUCUUGGCAGGGUACUUUGCCCUGCGAAUGGGUCUGCCCAUCGAGAAACUCGUCGUGGCAACAAACGAGAACGAUAUCCUGGAUCGGUUCUGGAAGACGGGCAAGUAUGAGAAGAAGCCUGCUACUGGCCCUGAAGCGGAAGGUGGAUUGCCUCAAGACGGCGUGAAAGCUCACGAAGAGGGUGUCAAAGAGACUCUCAGCCCAGCCAUGGACAUUUUAGUAUCGAGUAAUUUCGAGCGCUUGCUGUGGUUCCUCGCAUAUGAAUAUGCACAGGGAGCCAAGAUGGAUGAGGAGUGGAACAAGAAGCAAGCAGGCCAGGAAGUUACUGCGUGGCUUAAGCAAUUGAAGAGCAGUAGUGGCUUUGGGCCAGUUCCUAAAGAAGUGCACGAGACGGCGAAGCGCGAUUUCGAAAGCGAGCGGGUGAGCGACUCGCAGACUGUGGAGACCAUCAAGCAGUAUUUCAACAAGAUCGACUAUGUGUUGGAUCCCCAUACUGCUAUUGGCGUCGCUGCUUCGUUGCGAUCCAUCGAGCGGGCAGGCCAGGUUCCGCACAUCUCGCUGUCGACGGCGCAUCCAGCCAAGUUUGCAGGUGCCGUUGAGUUGGCGUUGAAGGAUGAGUCUGGCUUCAAUUUUGAGGAGAAGGUGCUACCUCCUGAGUUCCAUGGUCUUGAAACUAAGGAGAAGAGGGUUGCGACUGUUGAAAACGACUGGAAGGCCGUGCGUGAGCUCGUGAAGAAGCAAGUAGAGGAGGAGCUAAGGACAGAGGACGGUAACUAA